UGGUAGUGUUAGCCUCAGCUAGUUGGCUAACAUUAGCUAGUUAGCUAACAUAGCGGCACAAGUAGGAAAAAGUCGUUGGGUGGCUAGAUAGCUCGAAAGCUAACUGCACACAAGCUAACAACUACGCAGUCGUUUGAUCUGCGUUAUUGGUAGUCAUUAACGUUAGUUGCUGUCGGCUAGCUGAACCUUUUCGGCUAACCGAAGCCAAGAAGCCACUGGCACGUAACCGUUAACUCUAAAUUGGAAUUUGCACAUUUCACGUGUACGAGAGUGCUGUUUUAAGUAGUGCUCUGUGAUGAAUACCGUUAACUGGCUGGGAAGCUAGUUGGCUACAAACAUUAACUUGGAUGGACGCGAUGGCCAAAGGAAGACACUAGCUAACUUGCAUCACGCAACGUUUGCUUGAACCUACUGAUCGCAUUUCAUCCCGAUAGAUGUGUUUUGGUCAACGUUUCAAUGGGACGACUAUCGAUAAUAACGACGUUACCACAGUAACGUCAUAUUGGCUAGUAUCUCCUAUUGGCUUGCCAAGUUGAGAAGUCUGUUAACGUGUCAUUAAUAUCAAUACGUGUCGGCUCCGAUAGAAUAAUGGUAAUUAGUGUUUUUUUUUUUUUCAUUUCGCAGCAAAGCGAUGAGAAUGGGGAUCCCCUUGACAUGUGUACCCGAGAAUAUGCGGCCCACUCUUUCCCUGGGCCUUUGUCAUUUGCCAGGCACCCCCUCCCCCAAUACUCCUCCUUUGCAAGGAAUGCUCACCCCUAACCUCAGUGUAACUGAGGGCCUAGACGCUCAGCAUCACUCUAACUAGCAAGUAGCCUAGUGUUGUACCUGUCUGUUAUCAUUGGGGCACCAUCAGACGUAUGAUGUGUUUUUGCUGGACCCAGGGAAAGUUAAAAUAUCUUGAAAACACAAUACACGAAUUGGCAUUGCAGUGAGAAUACGUUCAACUUGGAUACACCCUAAGAUGUUAGUCUAGGGGUGAUGCAUUGUGUCACGAAUGUAAGUUUUGUGUUGCAUGUCUGGUUCUACAACGAGAUUUCAUUCAGCACCGAUAAGGUGGAUCUUCACGUUGAAAAUGUGUUUGGAUCUCUGCGCUCGUGCACUUGCAUCAGACAUGCUUUGUGCGUUUUUUUGAAUAAUUAUAACAAAAAUAAUAACACGUUUGGUACACGGUAAUUCUUGUGGUCAUGCAGUUCAUUGUACAGUAAUAUACAUGCCAUGCAUCUUCUGGUUGCGAGGGCGGGUAUAAAGCGCGUUGGCUUAUGUUUAGCAGCCAAUGAGAGGAGCUUCUGGCCGAGCAGCGUGCUCGCAUCACCCCUUUCCUGCUGAAUAUUUCAGCCCAUGCGUCACAGGUUCUCCGCCCCUUUCUCCCCAUCUGCCAUUUUGGUUUUGUUCCCGUCUGCAGUCGCAAAGCCAGCAACGCAAUUACAUAGAAGAGACUCUCAGCACAACGACAUAGUGACUCGACAUUAUAGCGCAGACCAGCCUAAUACCGCAUCGCGUUUCUUUUCUUUGUACCAAUCGUCGAAUUUACAUUCAUCAAUACUAUUGACAUCUAGAUACUGCGGGAGAGGAGCGGGUUCGCAUCGGGUAGGAACCGAGAAGGAUUAUUGAUGUCCAGCUCGCCGCUGUCCAAGAAGCGUCGCUUGUCAGGAACAGAGACGAAGACGGGAUCCCACUGCUCCUCCUCUAACUCUGUCAGAACUGAUCUGUCCCACACACCUGCCAACGGCAUGGCUAAGAAUGGCAAUGAUGCUGAGAUCGAUGAAGGCCUGUACUCCAGACAACUUUAUGUGUUGGGCCAUGAUGCUAUGAAGCGAAUGCAGAACUCCAAUGUCCUUAUCUCUGGUAUGAGAGGUCUUGGAGUGGAGAUUGCAAAGAACGUCAUCCUGGGAGGAGUUAAAAGUGUUGCUGUGCACGACCAAGGAGUGGCAGAAUGGAGAGACCUCUCCUCUCAGUUUUACCUUCGGGAGGAGGACCUGGGAAAGAACAGAGCCGAGGUGAGUCAGCACCGUCUGGCUGAGCUCAACAACUACGUGUCUGUGACCGCCUACACCGAAACACUCACUGAAGACUUCAUGACCAAGUUCCAGGUGGUAGUGCUGACUAACUCCACUCUGGAAGAGCAGCACCAACUGGGAGAAAUCUGCCACAACAAAGGAGUCAAGCUGAUUGUCGCAGACACGCGUGGGCUGUUUGGCCAGAUAUUCUGUGACUUUGGUGUGGACAUGGUAGUGUAUGACCCCAAUGGAGAACAGCCAUUGACUGCCAUGAUUUCCAUGAUAACCAAGGACAAUUCAGGGGUUGUGACAUGUCUUGAUGAGACUCGUCAUGGCUUUGAGAGCGGAGACUAUGUCACCUUCACAGAGGUUCAGGGUAUGAUCGAGCUCAAUGGCUGCCAGCCAGUGGAAAUUAAAGUUCUGGGUCCCUACACCUUCAGCAUCUGUGAAACAGCUGGUUUUACAGAUUAUAUCAGAGGAGGAAUUGUCUCCCAGGUCAAGAUGCCCAAGAAGAUCUCUUUUAAAUCCAUCUCUUCCUCCAUCGCUGAGCCAGAAUUCUUGCUGACAGACUUUGCCAAGUUCGAGCGUCCAGGACAGCUGCAUGUGGGCUUCCAGGCUAUCCAUGCCUUCCAGAAGAAACACAACCGCCUUCCUACACCUUGGAGCCAAGCCGACGGUGAUGAGUUUUUGGCGCUAGCCAAAGAGGUGAACUCUGCCCAGACGGGGUCAGCUAAAGUGGAGCAGUUGGAUGAUGCUCUUAUCAAAAAGCUGUCGUUUGUUGCUGCUGGUGACCUGGCCCCUAUCAAUGCCUUCAUUGGAGGUCUGGCUGCACAGGAAGUGUUGAAGGCCUGCACUGGAAAAUUUAUGCCAAUAAUGCAGUGGCUGUACUUUGAUGCCCUGGAGUGCCUGGCUGAAGAGGAAGGAGUCGAGCUCACAGAGGAAGAGUGCGCCCCAAGGAACUGUCGAUACGAUGGGCAGGUUGCCGUGUUUGGCACCAAGCUGCAGGAAUUGCUGGCCAAACAGCGCUACUUCCUGGUUGGAGCUGGGGCCAUCGGCUGCGAGCUGUUGAAAAACUUUGCCAUGAUUGGACUGGCAGGUGGGAAGGGCGAGGUCAUUGUGACCGACAUGGACACCAUAGAGAAGUCCAACCUCAACAGACAGUUCCUCUUCAGACCCUCCGACGUUACGAAAAUGAAGAGCGACACAGCAGCUGCUGCAGUGAAGCAGAUGAACCCCUCCAUCAGGAUCACAGGUCAUCAGAACAGGGUGGGCCCCGACACAGAGAGGGUCUAUGACGACGACUUCUUUGAAAGCCUUGAUGGCGUGACUAAUGCACUGGACAACGUCGACGCACGUAUGUACAUGGAUCGGAGGUGUGUGUACUACCGUAAGCCCUUACUGGAGUCUGGUACUCUGGGUACCAAAGGCAACGUCCAGGUUGUGAUCCCCUUCCUCACAGAGUCGUACAGCUCCAGCCAAGACCCACCUGAGAAGUCCAUCCCCAUCUGUACCCUCAAGAACUUCCCGAAUGCCAUUGAACACACACUGCAGUGGGCCCGCGAUGAGUUUGAGGGACUAUUCAAACAGCCACCAGAGAACGCCAUGCAGUACUUGUCAGAUCCUAAAUUCAUGGAGCGUACUCUGAAGCUCCCCGGAGCUCAGCCUGUGGAGGUGCUGGAGGCUGUUUACAAGAGUCUUGUCACAGACUGCCCCCACAGCUGGGCUGACUGUGUAGCCUGGGCACGCAACCACUGGCAGUGCCAAUACAGCAACAACAUCCGCCAGCUACUGCACAACUUCCCCCCAGAGCAGCUAACCAGCUCUGGUGCCCCCUUCUGGUCUGGCCCAAAAAGGUGUCCUCACGGUUUAGAUUUCAGCACUAGCAAUGAGCUGCACAUGGACUAUGUAAUGGCCGGAGCAAACCUGUUUGCCCAGACAUACGGCCUGAAAGGCAGCACUGACCGUGCAGGUGUGGUGAAGAUCUUGCAGGAGGUGAAAGUGCCCCCCUUCAGCCCUCGUUCAGGGGUUAAAAUCCAUGUCUCUGACCAGGAGCUGCAGAAUAGCAAUUCCUCUGUUGAUGACUGCAGACUGGACGAGCUGAAGGUCCAGAUACCUUCCCCUGAGUCUUCCAACUUCAAACUCUGCGCCAUUGACUUUGAGAAGGAUGAUGACGCCAACUUCCACAUGGACUUCAUUGUAGCAUCAUCCAACCUGAGAGCAGAGAACUACGACAUUCCCCCCACAGACAGACACAAGAGCAAGCUGAUCGCUGGCAAGAUCAUUCCUGCCAUCGCCACUACCACGUCCGCAGUGGUGGGUCUGGUGUGCCUGGAGCUCAUCAAGAUUAUCCAAGGACACAAGAAGCUGGAAUCCUUCAAGAAUGGCUUCAUGAACCUGGCCCUGCCUUUCUUUGCCUUCUCUGAGCCCAUCGCUGCUCCCAAACACAAGUACUAUGAAAUUGAUUGGACGUUGUGGGAGCGCUUCGAGGUCACCGGGUUGCAGCCCAAUGGGGAGGAGAUGACACUCCGACAGUUCCUGGAUUACUUUAAAAAUGAGCAUAAGUUGGAGAUCACCAUGCUUUCUCAGGGAGUGUCCAUGCUCUAUUCCUUCUUCAUGCCUGGUGCCAAACUCAAAGAGAGACUGGACUUGCCGAUGACUGAGAUUGUCACCAAGGUGUCCAAAAAGAAGCUGGGCAAGCAUGUGAAAGCCUUGGUGUUUGAGCUGUGCUGUAACGACCAGACAGAGGAAGACGUGGAGGUGCCCUAUGUCAGAUACACCAUCCGCUGAGCUCCAUGCUGAACCCGCCCACAGUAGGGUGGGACUUGCAGGAGGGAGACUGGGGGGGGGGGGGCAUUCUAAGUGAGGAGUUGAGGUGGGGAUCGGGGUGGGUGGGUGGGUUUAUCCAGGUCAGCUCUGUUGGAUCAAUCAGUUUUGUUUUUUUAGGCCUUUGGUUUGAUUAAGCCUGUGCCUGAGUGUACAUAGCCCCAGGAAACGGAUUUAAGGAUACUUGUAUGUGUGUUAGGGAACCAGUUGUUGCUUGGCUGUGGGAACAGGGGUGUCAUUGGAGGACGGGAGCAUGUAUACAGGACCUCCUGAUGUUCCGCAGAAGCUCUCUGCUCAGUUUAAUGCUAAACCUUAGUGUUCUCUUGGUACUCCUAAACCCAGCUAGUGUCCCUCUGAAACAUCCUCAAACUCUAUACUAGCCUUCAGCUCUAAAGGAGGGAUCUUUUAAUCCAGCCGACUAUCUCCCCUCCACUCUAUUUGCUCUCUUCCCUCCCCAUACCUGUCUAGUAGACCUGGUCCAACAUUACUGUUUUGUUUUUCAAAGAUGCACCUCCCUUAAAUAAAAGACGUUCAGCUAUGAAUCCCAAAAAUAGUGACAUGUAUUGAGAUUCCAUUUUGACCCCAGGCCACUGCCCCUAAUUAUACCCGAGACCCUAAAUUUGAAACUGUACAAGCACCUGAAGACCCGGCCAAACCUGAGUCAACAGCCUCUCCUGACUGGAAAAUAGCCCGAGUAUCUCGCGUCGGCAGAAUAGGAACCCCUUGUCGGUUUGAGGCGCCCCUACACCCACCUCAUCUAGCACUCUGGCUUUGGAGGGGCUCUUGCACAUGACAUCAGUUUUCUCAUUAUUCUCUUUAUAUUUCAUGUAUUUUGUUUAGUAUUAUUAUUAUUAUUUUUUUUAGUGGGGGGGUGGGGGAGGCUGACAAAGUUUUGGCACACACACCUUGUAGAUCAUAAACGGUCUUCUUUCUACUUUGUUAACUCCAAAUGAUGUAAAAGUGUAAGAGCAAGGCCAAGAGAUGAAUCUUGAAAUGGGAGCACUUAGUGUGAUAGUGAAUAAACAUGUAAAAACACA